ACGAACACGUUUUUGCCAAAUUAGGAUAGAUAGAUGCAUCACGUUUAGUGUAAAAAAAGAACAGGUGAAGCACGCGUAGCGUUCUUUGACGUGGAUGUCAGAAGAAAAUACCCGUUUUUAAUUGGCUGUAGCUGUCGCGUAUAAAACACAAAGACUCGUCGUAGUCCUUCUUAAUCCCUGCUGUAUAACCUCCGUCUGGAUUUGAACCACCUAGCCAAGACACAACACACUAGAUUCGGGUACGCUGGUUUAAUGCCAGCAUACCAGUCUAACAUUUUUAGUUUAGUUUAGUUUAGUUUUGGUUUAUUCUGUUAAGACCGCGAACUACUUUAAGCUCUGGAAAUAUGCAUUCAAAAGACAUUGAGGCGGCGUCCGCUACCAAGGCGGCAUCGGCGACAUCGACCCUGCUCAAGUGGAUUAUUAUCUCCAUAGUGAUAGCCGUGGUGGGGAUAGCGGGGGUGCUGGUGGGUCUGCACAUCUCUGGAAACCUCACUACAGUCAAGACUCCGCUAGAUGACGACUCUUUUCAGAUGGGAAGCGGAAGUGCCCUGCAAGGUGAACGUUUCAACCACGCUCAGAACAAACACAACUCUCGGUUCCUAAAUGCCAACAGCAUCUCCGGACUCGGCAAUGCGCGCACAUUGUCAGCCGUAGCCCAAACGCUAAUGGAUAAUGCUAUCAUAAGCACAUUGUCCAAAGAUGACAACAUUGGGGACGACGUGAAAGACAGCCUUAAAGCCAUAGUGAACAAGAUGAAAGAAACUCUAGAUAAUUUGAUAGAUAACUUUGAUGACACAAAUGACGGAAACGUAAUUGCUGGUGGAGAUGAUCGCAAUGAACUGAAUGACGUAGCUAAGGGUACUGAUGACAAAUACGAUGAUUCUCGGGAAAAACAAGACAACACUAUCGACAAUAGAAAUGAUACAAGUGAUGAUAGAAGUGAUGAUGUAAACGACCAUAGCGAUGACGCUGACACACUGAUUGACCAUCUGCAGGACAUAGUUGAAGAUGCGACUGACAAAUCAGAUGACUUCCAGGAACCGCUAAAUCGUGAUGCAGACGACACCCGUGAUGAUGUUGAUGACACCAUGAACGACAAUGUUAAUGAUGCUGUUGAAACGAUCACCGAUAUGCACGACAAUUUACAAGAUAAGAUCGACGGUAUCAUUGACAGUGUAAAAGAAACGUCCGAUGAUGACACAAGUGAUACUGUUGCAGACAUCCACGACGACGCAACUGACAGAGUAGAAGACGUUAUAGAUAAUAUAAAGGACAGAAUAGAUGAUGAACUGGAAAGGCGUGAGGAUUUACAGGAUCAGUCAUCUGGUAGUGAUUCUGACAGUAGUGCUCUUGUUGAGGCUGUAGGUGAUAUGAUUGAAAAUAUGGGUGAUGACAGAACAGAUGUCGUGGAUAAUGUUAAUGAUGUUGUUGAAGAUAUAGUUGAUGACAUUGCAGAUAACAGAGAUGAUUCAACGCGGGAUGUGACGGAGAGGAUUGAAGAUCACGUGGACAAUAUAAAAGAUAAAAUAGAAGAGAAAAUGGACGCCAUUUCUGAUUCUGUUUCUAGUAUAACAGACAGCACAGAAGACAUAGUCGAAGACAUCGUUGAUAAAAUAGAAGACAGAAUCGAUGAUUCAAAUAAUUCUAAUGAUGUUGUUGAAGAUAUAGUUGAUAGAAUUGCAGAUAACAGAGAUGAUACAACACAGGAUGUGACGGAGAGGAUUGAAGAUCACGUGGACAAAAUAAAAGAUAAAGUAGAAAACAGAAUGGACGCCAUUUCCGAUUCUGUUUCUAGUAUAACAGACGACAAAGGCGACAUUGUUGAAGAUAUCGUUGACAGAAUAGAGGACAGAAUCGAUGAUUCAAAUAAUUCUAAUGACGUUAUUGAAGAUAUAGUUGAUAACAUUGCAGAUAACAGAGAUGAUACAACACAGGAUGUGACGGACAGGAUUGAAGAUCACGUGGACAAAAUAAAAGAUAAAGUAGAAAACAGAAUGGACGCCAUUUCCGAUUCUGUUUCUAGUAUAACAGACGACAAAGGCGACAUUGUUGAAGAUAUCGUUGACAGAAUAGAGGACAGAAUCGAUGAUUCAAAUAAUUCUAAUGACGUUAUUGAAGAUAUAGUUGAUAACAUUGCAGAUAACAGAGAUGAUACAACACAGGAUGUGACGGACAGGAUUGAAGAUCACGUGGACAAUAUAAAAGAUAAAGUAGAAGACAGAAUGGACGCCAUUUCUGGUUCUGUUUCUAGUAUAACAGGCGACAUUGUUGAAGACAUCGUUGAUAAAAUAGAAGACAGAAUCGAUGAUUCAAAUAAUUCUAAUGAUGUUGUUGAAGAUAUAUUUGAUAGAAUUGCAGAUAACAGAGAUGGUACAACACAGGACGUAACAGAGAGAAUAGAAGAUAACGUGGACAAAAUAAAAGAUAAAAUAGAAGACAGAAUAGAUGCCAGUUCUGAUUCUGUGUCUGGUGUAGCAGACGGCACAGAAGACAUUGUUGAAGACAUCGUUGACAAAAUAAAGGACAGAAUCGAAGAUUCAAAUAAUCCAUCCAUUGAAGGAAUUUCUGAUAGAUUGGACGGUGUAGCUGAUGUCCUAGAAGAAAGAAUUAACGACCGGAGCUCGAGUGUUGAUGAUGUUAGAGAUGUGGUAUCUGAUGUACUCGAUGAUGUGACUACAGAUUCUGUCCAGGACAAAGUGAGAGAUACCAUAGAUGGCGUUUUAGACGAUGCUUCUAAUGCUAGAGAAAAUCUACAGGAGACAGUUUCGGACAUGUUAAGUUCACAUACUGAUGCUGUUGCUGAUGCCAGGGACAGACUAUCAGAUACUCUUUCAGAUGCGGUUGAUUCUUACAGAGAACGUGUAGACAAUGCAAAGGACUCCGAUGAUGCUUCUGACGUAACAGAUAAAGCUGCUGAUAUUGUAUCUGACGCAGUAGAUGCAACUGCUGAUGUUGUUUCUGGAAUAAGAGAUAAAAUUGCUGAUGCUGUUUCUGACAUAAAGGACACAGUUGCAGAUGUUGUCUCUGAUGCAAUAGAUAAAAGAACCGAUGUUAUUUCUGACGUAAUAGAUAACACCGCUGACGUUAUUUCCGACCUAAAAGAUACAGCUGCAGAUGUUGUUUCUGACGUAAUAGAUACAAGAGUCGAUGUUGUUUCUGGAAUAAGAGAUAAAAUUGCUGAUGCUGUUUCUGACAUAAAGGACACAGCUGCUGAUGAUGACUCUGACGCAAUAGAUAAAGGAACCGAUGUUGUUUCUGACGUAAUAGAUAACACCGCUGAUGUUGUUUCUGACAUAAAGGACACAGUUGCAGAUGUUGUCUCUGAUGCAAUAGAUAAAAGAACCGAUGCUGUUUUUGACGUAAUAGAUAACACCGCUGACGUUAUUUCCGACCUAAAAGAUACAGCUGCAGAUGUUGUUUCUGACGUAAUAGAUACAAGAGCCGAUGUUGUUUCUGACGCAAUAGACAACACUGCUGACGUACUAUCUGAUGUAAAAGAUACAACCGCCGAUAUUGUUUCUGACGCAAUAGAUAACACUGCUGACGUUGUUUCUGAUAUAAAAGAUACAACCGCCGAUGUUGUUUCUGACGCAUUAGAUAACACUGCUGACGUUGCGUCUGAUGCUGUAGACAGAACUACCGAUGUUAUGUCUGAUGUUGUUGAUACGGCAGCAGACGCCAGAUCGACCGUUCUUGACACGUUAUCUGAUGCAGUCGACACUGCAAGCGGUGUGUCCAUUACGGCGGAUGAUGGUCUACUGGAAACGAGCGAUACCAUCGCCGAAGCCAUGGAUGCAGCUAGCGAUACAGCAUCUUCUGUGAUAGACAACGCAGCUGAUGCUGCCGGGACAGUUGUUGACACUGUUGCUGAUGCCAGGGACACAGUGGUAGAUACGGUAUCAAAUGUUAUGGACAAGGCUCAAGACAUUUGGACGUAGUGUUCUUAAUGAACUAGAGAGCAGUCAUUAUGUCUUUCAUUAACUGCUAAGAUUCGGUGACUCAGAACGUCUAUAGAUAGAUAGAAAUAGCAAGCAAAUAGCUACUGUUUGCAAGAGAAGUGGUAAUGGUCUGUUAUUCAUCCAUUCGCUAAGAGGUAAUUUAUUCUUUUCGAUAUAUUUGAAAACAUGCAGCUGUUAAAAAAAUAAAAAUAAAAGAAGAUAAAUGAAAAAUAAACAGUAUAGUUAUAUAGUAGAGCUUAACUGGAAAUCAGCAAGAAGGUUCUUUUAAUGAAUAGAUUUUACACGAGUUAAAUUAAUAUAACAGUUACAUCAGUGUAUUAUAACGGGUUGCAUGUAGUCAUUUCUACAUGUUUAGUACAUUCGAUAUUAAUUUAUUGUCGAUGCAAUAUUCUGUACAUCAUAAAAACGAUGAUUUCCGUAUAAUUUGUAGCUAUAAGUUAUUGCUAUUCAAGAAGCAGCACGUCAUAAUUAUGUUUUAUGGCGUCACAAUAAUGUUUACAAUUAAUGAAACCGAAAGUAAAAGACAGUAUUCAAGCACGCUGUUUUUGGCACCCACCAUAGCUAUCUGUGAUGUCUGUACAGGACAGGGGUUAACGUUUAGGACGUCACUAUGGGUUGGGCCGGUAUCGAGUUACGUUUAAGACGUCACUAUGGGUUGGGCCGGUAUCGAGUUACGUUUAGGACGUCACUAUGGGUUGGGCCAGUAUCGAGUUACGUUUAGGACGUCACUAUGGGUUGGGCCAGUAUCGAGUUACGUUUAGGACGUCACUAUGGGUUGGGCCAGUAUCGAGUUACGUUUAAGACGUCACUAUGGGUUGGGCCAGUAUCGAGUUACGAACUACUACUUAACAGUUUUUAAAACCGAUGGUUUAAUUCAUCAUGGCCGAUUGAACUAUUUAGAAUCUUAAUACAAACUAGAGAUUAAAAACCUUACUAACAAUGAAGUCAAAUUCCAUCUGAAUAUAUUAUUUUGUAUUCACUAAUACCACUAGACUACAUGUUUGCUCAAACAUUGCGAUCUCACAACAGGCUCAUGCCAUUCUAUUUAGCAGUGUACAUUAUGUUUGGUUAUUUGGUUUAUUACUGACUUUUUGGAGAUUCAUAUAAGUGAAUGGAUGAUAUAGCUUUGGCGUCUCCGAGUCAUCAUAUUGCAGCAGCCAAUCGGGUGUCCUUAAUUGCUAUCCCACUUACGUGGAAGAUGAGUGUGUGAUACCAAAAAUAUGACACAAUGUUCUCUUCAACGGAUAUGUAAGAAAUUAACUUGUCUUUUCUUUUUCUUUUCAUUACCCCCCCCCCCCCCCCCCCCCCCCCCAUAUUUGUAAUAGUGCGCUAUAACCGUUUCAUUGUAUGAUAUGUGUGAUUUUGACUGAAAAUUUCAUUCGGUAAUAACAUUAUGUUACCAAGCUAUAUUAUAUUUAAGUGAAGGUAAUCAAGAGUUCACGAUAAACAGGCGUCAGUUAAACAUGCACAUUUCCUGUCAUGCACAGAACUCUGUGGCGAAGUCAGCGGUUGUGUCCACGACAGGCGUAUACUUGAACAGUUCUCUGGUGGAAGAUUGUCAAAAGUUACCCACACGCACAGGCAUCUUCAACGCCUAUGUACAGUACCCGAACUCCAUUACCGGAAUUCCAGUACCGAACAUGAGCAUACAUUAACUAAGCUGCAGCUUAGGGCCACACAAUAUGAAGAACCUCUUAAAAAUUGUAAUAUUUUUAAUAUUAAGUAUUUCUAUAUUUAACGCCUCUUCCUCUUUAUAUUAUAAUUAUGCAAAUGUAAAGCUUACAGUUUCGUGUUCACAGUUUAAUAUUUCCGCAGCGAAAGUAAUAAAUCUAUUUCGGAGUAUGUGUGGUCGUUUAAACUUCAGAUAGCUUAAGACAACAUGAUGCAAAUUGUCUGUGUUAAAGUGUGUACAAAGUAAUAAAGAGAACAUUUGGUUUAAACUUCUUACUUUUGUGAAUAAAUAAUUGCGUGAUGAAAAAUUCGAAUUUCGGGCAAAUAACUUUUAAUUAAAGCCCACAUUAUCGGGCACAUUUUAAAAUAUUUAGUCGUUUAUGUGAUAUCCACUUUUAUUUUCUUCCGUUGCUGCGACAUUCUUCGAGUUUUGUUGCCUACUAAUUGCAUUCUAAGUCACGAGUACCAAUGUUUUCGCCAUAUCGACGUUUUGAUGAUACGUCGCGUGUAGCCGAUUUCGUUGGAAAUGUGACAAAACUUAAUGUUGACUCAAGGG